AUGACGUCAGUCCGGCGUUUGUACGUAAUGUUGUGUGGUUUCGAAAUCAUUCCUAAAACCGUAUCGACUCGCAAUCUUGGCGCAAACAUUAUUAUGAGUGAACCGAUUAGUGCAUAUUUGCUUGAUACAACUGAGGGUUGGAUCCUCAUUGAUACAGGUCUCGAUGAAACAAGAGUAGAUGAUCCCAUAUUGGCUCAAACAUAUUUUGUUAAUCGUGGUUGGAAACCUCCGCCAGUUGUACUUUCCGUUCAUCGGUUGAGAUAUCAACUUUCUCUUCUAGGACUUGAACCGCAAAUGAUUAGUCGUGUGAUUUUGACUCAUACACAUGCCGAUCAUACCGGUAACCUAAAAUAUUUUCGACAUGCAAAAAUUUAUAUUCAACGUAAAGAAUAUGAGCAUUCAUUUCGACCACAAGGUGAACUGGGUUGUGCAUGCAUUCGAGAAGAUUAUGAUUAUCCGGAUAUAGACUGGCACUUAAUGGAUGGUGAUUGGUCUGUAGUACCAGGUCUUGAUAUGAUUUCAACGCCCGGUCAUACUCCUGGGCAUCAGUCUGCUCGUGUCGUGUUGCCAAGUGGUAACAUUUUUAUUCUACCUGCAGAUGCCGGUGAUCUUUUAGAAAAUUUUCGUGAUGAGAUUUUACCAGGUGAAUCUGUGGACGAUGAAGCGGCACUUAAAUCAAUACGACUAUUAAAUCAAUUAGCGUCAGAACAUAAUGCUUGUCUCUUCCUUGGACAUGAUCCUGUAUUCAUCCAAACGAUAAAACUAGCACCCGACUAUUAUGACUGA